ACUGAGCUAGGACUGAUGGCUUUGGGCUAUAGCAGAUCUUUUGGCACCCAGGUACGGUUUUUGGAGCAGCAGAACCAGGUGCUGCAGACAAAAUGGGACCUGCUGCAGCAAGUGAAGAUCACCACCCAGAGGAACAACCUGGAGCCCAUCUUGGAGAACUAUAUCAGUGAGCUGAGGAGGCAGCUGGACAGCCUGAGUGGGGAUCGGAUGCGUCAGGAUUCUGAGAUAAGAAACAUGCAAGGCUUGGUAGAGGAUUUCAAGAGCAAGUAUGAGGAAGAAAUCAACAGGAGAACAAAUGCGGAGAAUGAGUUUGUUAUUCUGAAGAAGGAUGUAGAUGCUUCCUAUAUGAACAAAGUUGAUCUGCAGUCCAAGGUGGCCACGCUGAUGGGAGAAACUGACUUCCUGAAGUUCCUGUAUGAAAUGGAAUUGUCCCAGAUGCAGACUACCAGCAGUGACACCAAUGUCAUUCUCACCAUGGAUAACAACCGUAGCCUGGAUUUAGAUAGCAUUAUUAAGGAGGUCAAAGAACAAUAUGAACUAAUUUUCCAGAAGAGCAAGUCCGAGACUGAGACUAAAUACCAGACCAAGUACCAAGAGCUUCAAAUCACAGCUGGCAGACAUGAUGAGGAUUUGAAGAUCACUAAGAUGGAGAUUUCAGAGCUCAACCGGAAUAUCCAGAGACUGCAGUCAGAAAUCGGAAAUAUGAAGAAACAGAUUGGCCAAAUGCAUUCGCUCAUUUCGGAUGCUGAGGAGAGAGGGGAGCAGGCUCUUCAAGAUGCCCAGCAGAAACUUCGAGACAUGGAAGAGGGUCUCCAGCAGUCCAAGGAGGAGAUGGCUCGCCUUCUUCGAGAUUACCAGGAGCUGAUGAGCUCUAAGCUUUCCUUGGAUGUUGAGAUUGCCACCUACAGGAAGCUGCUGGAGGGAGAGGAGAGCAGGAUGUCGGGAGAAUUUCCGAGCCCCGUUAGCAUCUCUAUACAGAGCAGUCAAGUCAGCAUCGGAAGCGGCGGCGGCGGCGGCGGUGGCAGCUACGGCAGCUACGGCAGCAGCUCUGUUCGAGGCUCUGGAAGCUACGGCAGCGGAGGGAGCUAUGGGAGCAGUAGGGGAGGCGGAGGAGUUUAUGGGGGGAGCAGCGGUGGGGGGUAUGUAGAAAGCAGCAGAAGCAGGAAGAAUGGAGCGAGCUCCUCCAGGGUGCAGAUCAUCCGAACGUCCACCAACUCCUCCAGCAGAUACGUCAUCGAGUAGUGUGCCGAAGGCUCUCCCUCUCCCCCGCCCCCCCGCUGGGAUGUCUCCGAUUACCGGCCCCAGUUUCUGGUCUUGCCUGCCCCCCAAACCUUUCCCCGUCCCCUCUCAUUAGCGUCUUCUUGAUUGCUUCAACCAUUGGUAAAUACAUUGGAGCCUCGCUUAUGCGUCAAUGCGUGGGGGUGCCACAGCUGUUCGUGCUGGCUGGAUGUGGGGUUAGGUGCGAGACAAGAAUUUAGAGGAGCAAUAUCCGGCUGCUCUCGAACAGCAGAUAAUCCAGAUCAUUCUAGAAUAUAUAAUCCUCUAUGACUGGCUCAGUCAGCCAGAAGGAAAGUCAGACACGCUUUCUCAAACAUACAUAUCUGUCAUGCCUCACCUCACAAUUCUUCCACUGGGGUCUCCUUAGAAAUCUAGAACCUAGUUUUGGGAUGGAGAAAGGAGGAUUGUAGCAAAUCCACAAUGCAGUUAAUUAAGGGGUGACUCACUGGACCAAGUGUCUAAGCUACAGGGACCCUUAGCUGCCCUUUCUCCAACUGACUCGAUAUACAGGCAUGAACAUUUACUUCUGGGGAGUAGUUAUUAGCAAGGCAGGCACUGCCUGGGAAGGUAUCUGUCAUCUGUCAUAGAGAGUAACUAAUAUUCUUAUAUGUAAAUUAUAUGUAAAUACAAAUAGUAAUUAAUUAACCCCUGAAUCCUCCCGGGGCCCAUAGAAUCUCCCACCCACACUAGAGGUUGAAAACAGAGUAAUUGGCCACCCUGAUUUUGAAGUUUCCCUUUGGGAAUAAAUAGGUGAUAACAUCACCCUGUGGAAAGUCCCAGAGGUCCCUGGGCAUCAGCCUGUCUUCCAUGAGGAAGAAUUUCUGUAGGAAUGGGAGGGAUAGAUAAGGAAGGGGAAAGGACAUCAGAUGCCAGCAGUUGGGUUCUUCUUUUGCCUUGCCCUCUAGUCAUAUCCUCAUAGACUUCCACAGUUUCCAAAUGUCCCGCCAGCAGAAAUUGUCUAUACAGUGGGUAUUUUGAAACCAGGCUUAGACUUCUUGUGGUCUUUCCUGCCGGCUCCUCAGUUCCUUCUCCAGAUUAAGGAUACUUGUAUGCCUUCAGGAGAAGUCUUAGAUGAGGUUCUUGAAACAAUCUUAAGGGACUGUGGAGAUACUUGAGGGUACAGGCAUACUGGCUUUGAAAUGGGGACUAUGGUUUAGUUCCCAAGACAUGGACUUAGAUUCAUUUUCUUCCUUAUUGCCAUAUAAUAUCAUUUCCUUUUCCUUGUGUCCCACCACUCGAAGCUUUGAAUUCCCUUCAUUGCUGCUGAUGGAAACAGCAGGACAUCUAGGCACAUCCACCCCCUUGGGUGAAUAGCUAGCAGUGUAUUGCCAUUGAUUCCAUGUUUUUGUUGAGGCUUGGUCUUUGAAGGGCUGACAUUUUGGGUGCUUUUUCCAAUAAACUGUUCUGUGUAUCAA